AUGUCUGGAAGAAGUCUCCUAUUUGCGGCUUACACAGUGCUCCUUCUUCUUCUUGUUCCUUCCUCUUGUUCCCAAACAUCUUCCAAUAAUAUUACAGCUGAUAACUCUGAUUGUAUCCGUUCUUGUGGAAAUAUUAACAUAAGCUCUCCAUUCCGAUUGAAAGGAGACUCUAAACACUGCGGCAACAAAAGGUUCGAGCUAUCUUGUGAGGCCAAGGGAAAUGGUACUACUCAUCAUGCAGUGCUAUCCUUGUACUCAGGAAAGUAUUAUGUACAAGCAAUCAAUUACAAUAACUUCACAAUCCGACUUGUGGAUGUUGGUGUUCACAAGAUCAAGGACAACUACUUCUCCCACCCACUCUACUCCUUGGCCCUCUUCAACUUUUCUUAUUACUCCAAUUAUACAGGUCCUCUUCCUGGGUAUUACCAUAGAGAAUCAUUAAUGUCUAUAAUCUUCCUGAGCUGUGAAAUUCCAAUGAAUCCUUCCCAUCUCAUUGUUGAAACAGCUCCAUGCAUCAGUGGGGUCAACAACUAUUCUUCUUCCAAUUCUUCUUUCUCCAAUUUAACAACAUAUUCUUAUUUCCUAAAAUUUCCGGUUGGGCGUGCUGGCCCAAGGGCAUACAAUUUUGGGGAUUCCUGCAAAAUAACACUAAUGGUUAUGGUGUCCCCUUCAACUGAGGAGCACAUGACGUCUUGCAAAGGAAUAUAUAAUGAAAUAGCGCAUGGCUUUGAACUCUCAUGGUUUUAUUAUGCAUGUUCAGAAACUUGCGGAUCAGGGGAAUUUUGCAGUCUGAACAACACCGGCAAUGGAAUUCAAUGCGAGCAACAAGACAUAAUAUUGCCAGAAGAAGCAUGUCUUCACCCCGCAUAUAGGCUCUUCAACCCUGAUGGGCCUUUGUUGCCUACGGAUAUGCCCAGAUUCUACUUUGCCAAGCUUCUGGGAUGUGCAGUCGGUUUCCUAGUACUAUACGUAGCAGCCAAAUUUACAUUUGGUUUUCCCUUUGUAACUGCACUGCUAAUAUAUAAAUGGCGAAGGAGGCACUUGUCAAUGUAUGAGAAUAUAGAAGACUUUCUACAGAGUAAUAAUAAUCUCAUGCCAAUAAGGUACUCUUACUCGGACAUCAAAAAGAUGGCCAGAGGUUUCAAGGACAAAUUGGGUGAAGGAGGCUAUGGCUCUGUAUACAAGGCAAAGCUCCGCCGCGGUCACCUUGUAGCCAUCAAGAUGUUAGGCAAGUCCAAAACUAAUAAUGGCCAAGACUUUAUCAAUGAGGUUGCUACCAUUGGAAGGAUUCGCCAUGUUAACGUGGUGCGACUUAUUGGCUUCUGUGUUGAAGGUUCAAAACGUGCUCUUGUAUAUGAUUUCAUGUCUAAUGGGUCUCUCGAGAAAUACAUUUUUUCUCAACAAGGAGAUGUGUCUUUAAGUUGCCAUAAAAUAUUUGAAAUCGCACUCGGAGUGGCUCGUGGUAUUGAUUACCUCCAUCAAGGCUGUGACAUGCAAAUUUUGCACUUUGACAUCAAGCCUCACAACAUUCUUCUAGACGAGAAUUUUACUCCCAAGGUCUCUGAUUUUGGGUUAGCAAAGCUAUACCCAUUGGAUAAUAGCAUUGUAUCUUUGACUGCAGCAAGAGGAACCAUGGGAUACAUUGCUCCAGAACUGUUCUACAAAAACAUUGGAGGUGUUUCAUACAAAGCCGAUGUGUAUAGUUUCGGAAUGCUAUUGAUGGAAAUGGCUGGUAGAAGGAAAAACCUGAAUGCGGGUAUAGAACAAUCAAGCCAAUUUAGCCAAAUCUACUUUCCGACAUGGGUUUCUGAUCAGUUGAAGGCAGGAAAGGACAUAGAAAUAGGAGAUGAUGCAACAGAUGAGGAAAAGAAGAUCAUAAAGAAGAUGAUGAUGGUGGCUUUAUGGUGCAUACAAAUGAAGCCUAUCGAACGCCCUUCAAUGAAUAAAGUAGUGGAGAUGCUUGAAGGAGAAAUUGAGAGCCUCCAAAUGCCUCCAAGGCCUUUCUUAUACCCACAACAAAUUCCUGCAGAUGAAGUUGGUGUGGACAAUCGAAGUCCCUGUGCAUCAAGUGCUUCAGAAUCUGAAGAGAUUACUUUGAUUGCGGAUGCAAAUGAAGUGAAUUAAUAUUAGUCACGAUGUGGAUCUAUGUAAGGGAAAGUUAGCAGCUCUACUCUGUAUUUGAUCAUAGCACAAAUAUGUUUACAUGUUGUAAUUGAUUUAAGCAAAUAAUCAGCCUCUGGCUUUGGUUA